AUGAGUUCUAUCCAAAUACGCGCUCUUCCCCGACUAUCGCCGGCAUCUCUUGUUCUCCGACCCUCUCCCCGCAUACAGACACAGAUCACUCGGCUUUACGCCACGCAAAACAACAUAGGUAGCGGGCCUCACAUUCUUUCACCCAAAAAGAAAGCCGUCACAGUCUUUUCCGACGAUGGGAGAGUGAAGUGGGGCGAUUUGAGUCGAGGAGAGAAGCUUGCGCGGACGACACAACAAUCCUUCAACUUCGUUAUCGUGUUGGUUGGAGCAGUGCUGACGGGUGGAGUCUGCGUACUUUUCUAUCAAGAGGUUUUGUCACCAAACAGCAAGACAUGGCAAUUUGAAACAGCGGUAGCGCGUAUUAAAGAUGACCCCGAAUGCAUAAAAUUACUCGGUGAUCGAAGAGAGAUCAAGGCAUAUGGCGAGCAAACGUCGAGCCGGUGGGCGCGGAACAAGCCUAUUGCAUCAUCAACUGAAAAGGAUCGAUUGGGUCGCGAGCACCUUCGCAUGCAUUUCCAUGUCGAGGGUCCUCUCAACUCCGGUGUAGUCAUCGUGCACAUGAUGAAGCCAUUGGAUAAGAGCAAUUUCGAGUACCAGCUCCUCGCGUUGGAUGUGAAAGGACACUCUCGCAUCAUUCUCGAGAAGGCCUCAGAGAAGCCCAACGUGACUAGCGCCUUGAAGCUCUUCGGUAUCCAGUGGCGCUGA